AUGUCAUUUUUCAAGUUUUGUGUUGAAAUCCUUGAUUAUACACCAUUAUUCUUUCUGUUGUUCUCGUUCGCGAUUUCUACAUUAUUGUGCACAAACGAGCCUCCUGAAGUGAUUCUAUCAAAUGAAAAAAUUGAAAAGAGCAAUGAAGACCCUCCAGAAACUUCACCUUCACAAACAAAUGUUAGGUCAAGCGAAGCCAACGCCGAAGUUUGCAGUAACGUUCGUGCUCAAAUCGAAUCUAACGAGAAUCAGUCGUUGGGUGGACCCUUGACUGAUCGUGAUAAAAUUUUGAUGUUGCUGGACACAAACAAUCUAUGA